AUGCCCGGAUAUGGAGUCCACAUCCCAUCCGUCCACGAUGGACUCGUGCUCACCUGUCGCCUUCACUAUUCCAGCCGCCUUGAAGAUUUCGCGAACACUGAAUGGGCCAAGCAGCGGGGUUAUCGGGGCGCCAUCGUUGCGCAUCCUUAUGCGCCGCUGGGAGGCAGUCAGGAAGACCUUGUUGUGACGGAGACGACCAAGACGCUGGUGGAGGCGGGAUAUGUUGUUAUGACUUUCAAUUUCAGAGGUGCAGGAGACUCGCAGGGCAGAGCGUCGUGGACUGGCAAGGGGGAAAUGGACGAUUAUACCAGCGUCUUUGGCUUCUUGUUGCACUAUCUGGAUACGCUUACUGUGCCAGAGGAUCCCGACGCACUCAGUCCGGUCAUAUCAGCAAGAGACUCUCGUUUUGAUGAGAGCGAGCCAUUCGCUCCUCAAACUCGCCGCAAACAUCCGGUUCACGUCCUACUUUGUGGCUACUCGUUCGGCGGCCUUAUCAUGGCUCGUCUACCGCAUGUGAGCAAGAUGAUCGAACGCUUUGCAAGUGCUCCAGACGACUCGUUCGAAGCAAAAAUCCGCCAGCAGGCUCAACAACUCGCAGAGAGCGAUCAGAAAGUCCUUGAUUCCAAGACGAUUCCACACGGUUACAAGAUGCAUUCCGGCGCUUUUGAAUCGCCUAAGCGACAUCGUGAGCGGGACGCGAAGGUUGCUGUUGGAUCUAGCGAUACGAAUCCUUCAGGCCCUAGGAAGAGUGGAGAUUCACGACGGAGCGAGGAGAUUGUGCGGAAUAUUAUCUCGCAUGUGCCUCACGGUCGAAAGCAUAGUGGCGACCGGCCACGGGCAAAGUCUGAAGUCAAAAGGCCCACGACAGCGUCCUCUACGAAUCAGUCAGGACCCAAAGUCAGGGCCGCAUACUUGAUGAUAUCGCCAGUGUUGUUCCCAUUAACGACUUUCCUCAUCCCACCCGGCCUCUUGUUCGGAAAGUAUCAUUACGACCACGAGGCCUUGGGACUACUGUCGCUCACGUGUCCUAUGUACGUGGUCUAUGGCAGUAACGACAAUUUCACGAGCUCCAGGCGACUAGACGAGUGGGUUGAGAAGCUCAAGCACAACAACCAUCAGGUCACGUCGGAGAAGAUUGCUGGAGCUGGUCACUUUUGGAAUGGCAAACACAAUGAUACUCUUCAGAAGAGGAUACAAGCAUGGCUGAAGGACGGUCUUAUGGUGGCUAGCUGA